CUAGACCGAGGCACUCAGUCCACGACGAACGCCCAAGCCAUUCACACACAUAACCGAAACUCUACCGAGAGAGUUGCCUCAUAUAACUAGCGUCUUACAUAUACCCCGAGUUCCUUAAUAUCUAUAGAAAUAUGGCUGAGCAACUGUUUCCGGGUCUCGAGCGUCCGCUGCCGCAGCUGCCUUCCCUGCCCUACACGCUCUUCGCCUAUCGCGAGGAGCUGCGACGUCGUGAUGCGCCCUUCAUGAAGAUGUCCACGAUCAAACUGCAUCUCACGGACAAUCUAAUACUGCAGACUAUCAAGAACAUACGACAGCUGGAUACCAUUGAGAUCAUGAAUCUGAAUCGGGAGAUUGUCUUCAAGCGCAAGCUGACAAAGCAGAUGCAUAAGGUGCGCAAGCUGGAGAAGCUCGGACUCAGCGUCGAUCCGCGUCAGCUCAAGGACGUACAGUGGAACUAAACCAUAACGAACAGCAGCAGCAAACUGUGUACAACAAAACAUACUCCAAGCAUGUCAACUAAAAACAAAUUUAUUCUUAA